UACGCAUGCGCCAAAGACCACCCACGACUCAUGUAGUGGCUACAUGAGGGACUUUCCCUUGCAAAUGUAUUUUCAUGGCAAGGUAAUAAAAUUUAUGUAUACAGCCUCAAAUGCUGCAAUGGCGUAUCUAGGAAGACCAGAGGAGAGCUUCAGAUCAUCGCUCAAUACUACUUAUCCGAAGAGGAAUGAUAUAAUGUCUUGGAGAAGGAAAAAGCGGUCUUCACCAGCCGUCAACUGUGACUAUGACAACCAGAGCUCUCCUUGCAAACGUUUUGCGCCUGAAGAGCUUGUCACAGCUUACCUCAGGGAUCUCAAUCUGUCCUCCCCCCCUCCCACACCAUCACGCCCCCUCCUCCCACCCCCACACCAUCACACACCCCACAGCUCACACCCUCACAUCAUCACAGCACCUCACACCCUCACAUCAUCACACUCCCUCUUAGUAGCAUCGCUCACUGAAUGUCCCGGACUGGUCGGAACUAAUGGCUACUCUAUCGAGAAUCAAGUACCCUCGGACGCAUGGCACAACUUAGGACAACCAAUCGCUACAUGGGAGACCACAGGUGUGGAUAACGAGACUACAACGAGAGGGUCGUCCCCAUUGCUACUGAUUGAUGACACCUCCUGUCGUGGUAGCCAGGGGAGGGGGGAAGAGGCUAGUCCCCCAGUGUACCCUAUACAAGCAACCACAAGCACUAACAGACAAUGGACCAUUCCCCACAAUCCCUCAUUAUUCUCUUCCACAUCCGUCCACCAUCUUUUGCCCGAUUGCAAUGAGCAAAUGUCGAAUGAUCAAUAUACGGAUGACAAUGGACACUUCUUACAAGGGGACAGCCCCCCUUCCCACAAGACGUCUCCACUGACUCCACCAGAAGGCUCUCCGGUUCAACACACCUUGCCGUGGCGACAAGUAACAAUUGAAGAGGCCAGCUCGGACAGUAGUGAUGGUACGAGUGAUGGCCCUGAAAGGCCGCUGUCGCUAUGGAUAGCUCCUGAGCUGAUUAAAUGUGUCGAGAAGGGAAUUAGCAAUUCUUUACCUCAGAGCCUGUUAGAGAAAUACAACAAACCAGUUGGCAUGGAGCUCGUGUUGUGGGUGGACCAAAGUACUCUAUUCAGUGAUACUAAGGAAAUGGAGGAAGUGGAAAUGGUUGACUCGGCAGAACCUAUCUGGGACAAUUCUGACAUGGAUUCAUAACUGUAAAUAGUAGAGAAAUGAACCAACAAAUCUACUUGUACUAUUUCCUUGUUUAAGCUUUAAUAUCAUAUUGAAAUCAUUAUGCCAUAAUUUAUCAAAUAAUUUUGACCAUUCA